UGUGUGUGUGUGUGUGUGUGUGUGUGUGUGUGUGUGUGUGAGUGAGAGAGAGAGAGAGAGAGAGAGAGAGAGAGAGAGAAAAGCUAUAUUUUGUGCCUUUAUAGAUUUUACCUCAGAUUUUACCUCAGGCUGUAACGCGCGCGAGCCAAAGUUAUGAAGAAAUAAGCGCGAGGAGCUGAAAAGCCAACGGACGCUUAAUGCUAAUUCAUUCUUCAUUCGAGUCUUUUGGGACCUCACUAAGCUAAACGACAAGGAUCAUGAUGGAUUCAGAGUCUGUCCCAGGAACACUGGGUAUGAGGAGGGAAUUCACUCUGUAUGAUGACAUCGACACUCCAUGGGCAGACGGUGUGCCACUCACAGACACAGACAGAUACCCUGAAGCCACUUCUUGAAGGGACAGGAUGCGGAAUUGAAACUCUUCGCCUCCGUCGGCGCCUAAUGUCCAAAGAUGGAAGGAGCAAUGUGCGUGUGGAGCAUGUGAGCGGGCAGAAUGCAUUAUACCUACGUGAUCCGUGGACAACCUGUGUGGACAUGCAGUGGAGAUACAAGUUGCUCAUGUUCAGUGCAACAUUUGUGGGCACCUGGUUCGCUUUUGGCCUGUUGUGGUAUCUGCUGGCUCUGGUGCAUGGAGACCUACUGGAGUUCGAUCCUCCGGCCAACCACACAUUGUGUGUGAUGCAGAUGCAGACUCUGACAGGAGCUUUUCUGUUCUCCCUGGAGACGCAGACGACCAUUGGCUACGGUUUUCGUUGUAUCACAGAAGAGUGUCCAUCUGGCAUUGUACUUCUCGUCAUCCAGCUUCUCAUUACCACAGGCAUGGAGAUCUUCAUCACAGGAACCUUCCUUGCCAAGGUCGCUCGGCCCAAGAAACGCGGAGAGACUGUGCGUUUCAGCCAGCAUGCUGUAAUAGCCAAUCACCACGGACAGCCAUGUCUUAUGAUCCGGGUGGCCAACAUGCGCAAGAGCCUUCUUUUAGGCUGUCAGGUCACUGGGAAACUGCUCCAGCGUUGUGCACCUAAAGAGGGUGAGACAGUGCGCCUAGACCAGAAGAAUGUCCCAUUCAGUGUGGACACAGCCAGCGAGAGCCCCUUCCUCAUCCUCCCACUCACCUUCUACCAUACUAUCGACAGUGACAGCCCCCUCCGAGCGUGGGCUGCCAGAGGUGUUGGAUGGACUGAGCCUGAGCUGGCUGAUUUUGAGCUCUUGGUCAUGAUGAGCUCCACAGUGGAGCCGACGUCUGCUAUGUGCCAGGUGCGCACGUCCUACCUGCCUGAAGAGAUCCUGUGGGGCUAUGAGUUCCCACCCAUCGUCUCUCUGUCUCCGAUGGGCAAAUAUGUUGCUGAUCUUGCCUACUUUGACAAAGUUAACAGGGCCAAGACCCCACCCAUAUUCAGAGAGUCCUCACCAACCAGCCAGAAGAUUUACCACAGUAACGAAGAGGGAGGAGACCCAGAGAAGAUACAGUUGGAACUGAGUUAUAGAGAAUCAGGCCAGAAUAGGGGAAAAGGGAGAGAUGGGAGUCCAUCAGGCGUUAGAAUAAGUAAUGUGUAACACAUUUUUAUACAUGCACACACACUCACACACUCAGUGGCACAGACCAUAUAUAGACAUAAGUAACAAAAGCCAUGAUUUUAGUAUUGAAAGUGUAAAGGAGUAACACUGAAAUCUUGUUAAACUACUCAUAUCACUGGGGGAUCAUAGGUACUGGACAGAUAUUUUGUCAUUUAGAUAUAAUUUAUUAGACUGUGUAUAAAUAGGCAUUAUUUAACUUUACAAUAUAGACAAUAGCUCCCUCUAGUGGUCACACUUAUUGCCACUAGUAAAGAUGCAACUUGUGUAACUUGUUUUCACUAAAUCUUUGUAAUUUGCCUAAACACUGCUUAGUAUAUAAAUAAUAAUCACUGUGACCAUCAAAACACCACUUGGCAGAGACAGAUCAUGGUUCAGAAAUGUUUAACAAGAUGUUACUGUGAACUCUAAGUUUUGAUUUAAACAUGUUGUUCAGUCAUAUGAGGUAUUUUGUGUUGUUUUUAAAUUGUAAUGAAUUGUUACUUAA